UGUUUAUGCUAAACGACGCCACAAAGGUGAGUCACACCGGUGGACAUUUUAUUUCCGCACAGCAGCAAGAACAAGAACGGGAACUAUCAUCCCAAGUUCAUCUGUUGUGCAUUCAUCAAAGUAAGUGUGUGAGGGAAAAAAAGUGGGCACAUAAAAUUUCUCACACUGUUACUUUGUUGACUGCACAACUAGACGAACUAGUCAGGAUGAAGUUACCACAUAUUCCAUCAAACAUAAAAAACGAAUGUCACCAAGUUAAAGGUGAAUUAGCUGGGUCCUACACAGAAGUUGCCAGCGUUGUAAAAAGGUACUCAGGUACACAGAUUCCCCUCAUAAAACCAAAGGGUUACAGUGUGAGAGUGUGUGGGCAGGAUGGCACAGUCUACGCUGGGAAUGAAGACCAGCUAGAAGCCUGGAAAGAUUUCUACCUGCCAGAGAGAAUGGAGAUGGUGGUGAUUGGUGCGAUUGACGAUUUCCCAUGUGACGCGUUUGGCCUGCAGUUAGUUCUCUUGCUGUGUGAAGACGGGAACAUCUAUGCAUAUGAAGAUGAAGUUCUGCACCUUGUAGCCAGGAGUGUAAAGGAGCUGUUUGAAACUGGCUUGACUUUUCCCGGAUUAGAAUGCUACAAGCUAGGGGAAUGUUUCGAGGACUAUACAGAGGAAGAAUACAAUGAAAUCAUGGAAUCUGAUGACGUCAAGGAAAUGAAAGAGGCACACGAAAAGUUACGUGAGUCAUUGGAGCUUGAACUUCUGGAAUCUCUAAAGGAAUUCAAAAGCAGUCAAUUUAAGGGUGUGGAGGAAGGCAUCGUCCAGCCCAAGAAGAAUUCAGACACAGUAAUAGAGUGUCGGGAGAUUGUUGUUCGUAACCAUAUUGUUCCUUCAUGCACAAAAUUAUUGAUCAUUAAAUAAAGAAUGUACAUAUAUGUACAGUACUGUGCAAAUGUCAGAGACCACUAUUUUGUUUCGAAUCAAAUGAUGAUGAUGGGAAAGUGUACAUUAUUUUCAGUCAAACAGCCAUGCAGUACUUAUUUAUGCAGGUCAGUAUUAAAGUUCAAUAUUACAAAUAAAAUAUUUAAACAUUUCAUACUGACAUUUAUGACCUUAUUUUGGGAUGAUGGAAAAAUGUAUUUAACAGAAAACCACAUCAUUAUUCUCUGACACCAAAUAAUUAUUCUAAUGAUAAUUACUAAAUGGCCAUUUGAUUCAAACAAAAGGGUGGUCUCUCACUUUUGCACUGUAUGUAUAUGCCCAGUGCAUUGCAUAAGUAUUCACCCCUACCCUUGAAUUUUUUCCCCCAUUUUAACCCCUGGUUUUGUAAAACCCCUAAAUUAGUUGAAUGCAGUUAAUGUGUGUGCUAUUAAAGUGCCAUGUGAUUAAGUAUACCUUUUCUGGAAGGCCCCAGAGUUUGCUAGAGAACAUACCUAAACAAACAGCGUCAUGAAAACCAAGGAGCUAUCAAAACAAGUCUGAGAAAUAGUUCUACAAAUGUAUCAAUCAGGGUUUGGUGAGUUAACAAAUAUCCCAAAUUGAGCACAAUUAAAUCCAUUAUUAAGAAAUAGACUUAUUUAAGUAUGUUCUCAAACAAAGUCUGGUCAAGUCUGGUGCCUUCUAGGAACGGGUGUAUUUAUACUGAGAUAUUUUCCUUGCACACAAGUGUACUCCAUUCAACUAAUUAUGCGACUUCUAAUGACACCUUGUUUAUGAUAUCAUAGCAAUGAGGUUGAAUUCUUACUCAACUCUUAUAUUGAGUAUUAAUUAUUACAAACCAUCAGAAAAGUUCAAGGGGGGUGCAUACUUAUGUCACUGUCUGUGUGUGUAUAAUCUUUUACCUCUCUUUUUCUUUUGUCCAAAAUGUAUAUGUGAUGUGUUAUAUACAGUUGAUUGUUUAUAGAUCCUUGUGCAAUCCAUGUCCAGUUCACCCACAGGCCCAUGUUUGGGAGGUGGGAGGGAACUGUAGAACCCAGAGAAAACCCAUGCAGACAAAGGGAAAUGAUUUCUGCUUAUUUUCAAACAUUUUUAAUUUCUCUUUCUGGGCAUGUAAUCCACACUUUCUUUUACUUUUUAAUGUAUAGAGACAUUUAAUCUACAAGUAUCCACACGUGGGAAAUUUUUGCUUAGUUAUUUUUAUUUUAUUUUAUUUUUUGCUUAUUUUUAUAUAAUAUUACACACAACCCCAAUUUCAAAAAAGUUGGGAAGAUGUGUAAAAUGCAAUGAUUUGCAAAUCUCAUAAACCCAUAUGUUAUUCACAAUAGAACACAAAAAACAUAUCAAAUGUUUAAAUUGAGUAAAUGUACCAUUUUAAGAAAAAAAUAAGGUAAUUUUGAAUUUGAUGGCUGCGACACAUCUAAAAAAAAUUGGGAUGGGGCAACAAAAGGCUGGAAAAGUGAGUGUUACUAAAAAGAAACAGCUGGAGGUUAAUUGGCAACAGGUCAGUAACAUGACUGGGUAUAAAAAGAGUAUCUUGGAGAGGCAGAGUCUUUCAGAAGUAAAGCUGGGCAGAGGUUCACCAAUCUGUGAAAAACCCAAUCAUGUUGCCAUUUGGUACUGCAGUAUGGGUAUUGAAAUCAUACACACUGAAAUAAUUUGUAUAUCUUUGGUAAAUGACUUUACAUGAUCUACCAUAUAGUGACUGACCCUAUAUACACAAGAUCCCUGAAACUGGGCAGUUAAAGACGGAGGGAGGAAAUCAGUAAUGCAGAGUUUCAUGAUUCUGUGCCCAAUGUAGCAUCAUACUCUUUUUGCUGGCUGCAAGGAAUGGAACCUGAUGCCAUAUGCUGUUGUAGCCCAUCUAUCUCAGGGUUUGACGUGCAUUCUGAGAUGCUUUUCUGCUCUGUAGAGACUGUUGUGAUGUUUAAUGUGAGCAUUACCUGAAGCUGGUGAAGUGUGCAAUCUGCAUGAUUGCACUGUAUGUGUUGCGUUGCUACUAUAUAAUUGGCUGACUGGGAUAAUUGAGUGUGAAUGAGUGUUUGUAAUAAAGUGGUCAGUGAGUGGAUGCAAAAUCAGCAUUAACAAUAUAUUUGUUUAUGCCAUUUUAUAUACUUUCUGCAUUAUGUUACCUAUCAAUGACUGCAUAACUAAAUGAAAUACCAAUGCAAUACACUACAGAUUUUACAAACACUAUUUUUAAUUCAUUGUAGGUAUUCUGAAAGCACAAUCUUUUGUGUCAGUUACAGUGAUGGUUUAAUAAAUAUUUUUAUUAGACUCUUAUUAGAGGAGCCUGUUAAUUAUCUGUCUAACAAGCAUUUACUAAUGGCAAAAUAUUUACUUUGAAAUGAUUUAACAGAUUUCCUUCAAUAUCAACUAAUAAAAUGAUCAAAAAGCUUA